AGAAAGAAUAAGAAUAAGAAUAAGAAUAAGAACAAAAUGAAUUAGACUAACAAUAAUGAUCACAUCUUUCAUGCGGUGACUGCGUGGGCGAUGAGCCUCACUGGACGUUUCUGACCAAUCACAAGGCAGGGUUGGAGUCGUCGGGCCCACCCGAUUCAUAUAUAAAGGGAUUUUGUGGGAAGCGCGGGCAGACUCAGCUGAGUGUUCGUUGUGAGUUGUUGUUACCACAACUAUGGCACGUACCAAGCAAACGGCUCGCAAGUCCACUGGUGGCAAGGCGCCCCGCAAGCAGCUUGCUACAAAGGCAGCUCGCAAGUCUGCUCCAGCCACUGGAGGUGUCAAGAAACCCCACCGUUACAGGCCUGGAACCGUUGCUCUCCGUGAGAUCCGCCGUUAUCAGAAGAGCACUGAGCUGCUUAUCAGGAAACUGCCUUUCCAGCGCCUGGUGCGUGAAAUUGCUCAGGAUUUCAAGACUGACCUCCGCUUCCAGUCCUCUGCUGUCAUGGCUCUCCAGGAAGCUUCCGAGGCUUACCUCGUGGGUCUGUUUGAGGAUACCAACCUGUGCGCCAUCCAUGCCAAGCGCGUGACUAUCAUGCCAAAGGACAUCCAACUGGCUCGUCGCAUCCGUGGCGAGCGUGCCUAAGAAGUCAUCCACGAAUGAUCUUCAUAACAGCAAUAUCUAGGCCCUUUUUAGGGCCAAA